AUGAGAUGGGUUCGAAGCUCUGCGCGCUUGGGCCUGCGCGCUGUAUCAUACAAAAGUGCAGCGCAAGGUCUGAAGCACACGCCCCCCCUCCCUACCUGCGUGUCAGCAAGGACAGCAGGAACAGCAAUACAGCGACCAACGGCAACCGAUGUCUCUGCUGGGCGCCCUCUUCGUGUGUGUGUGGUCGGCUCUGGGCCUGCUGGGUUUUACGUCACCAAGUACUUGCUCAAGGAAGAGGCGGAGCUGGGGUGCGAAGUCGUCAUUGACAUAGUCGACCGGCUGCCCACUCCGUACGGCUUGGUGAGGUUUGGGGUAGCCCCUGAUCACCCGGAGGUAAAGGCCGUGCAAAACGACUUCGACCAGGUUGCCUCAGAUGCCAGGGUCAGUUUUUUCGGCAACGUGUGCUUCGGGAAGGAUGUGUCAGCUGCACAACUGUCCGAGCUGUACGACGUAGUUGUGCUGGCUUACGGGGCUGCAGGAGACAGGGAGCUAACCGUCCCGGGGGCUGAUCUCGAGGGGGUGUUUGCCGCACGUGCUUUCGUGUCGUGGUACAACGGACACCCUGACUUUGCCCAUAUGUCGGAGGAGUUUGCGAAAGCCUUGGCGUCAUCCGACACGGUGGCGGUGGUUGGUGUCGGCAACGUAGCGCUAGACUGUGCGCGGAUUCUUGCGAAGGGAGCGAACGCUCUGAAAGGUUCGGACAUUUGCGAUCACGCGCUGGACGUUUUGUCCUCCGCCGGUGCUGGCCUCCGACGAGUGGUGAUCCUCGGACGUCGGGGGCAUGUACAGGCAUCCUUCACGAUGAAGGAGCUUCGUGAGCUUACGAAGCUAGACGGAGUAGCCUGUCUAGUGAGGCAAGAGGAGCUCGAGCUGAGCCGAACUCCAGCAAGCCUAGACGAGCUCAAGACAGCACGGCCAAAGAAUAGGAUAGAUGCAUUGCUCACGAAGGUGGCGGAUGGAUCUGACAGCGUGUCGGCGGAGGCGAAGGCCGUCGAAUUUCGCUUCCUGGUUGGACUCUCGGACGUACUUCCGAACAACAGCAUUCCCAACAGGGUUGGCGCAGUCCGCGUUGAACGGAAUCAGUUAGAGCUCGACGAAGCCACGGGCGCACAACGGGCCAUUGGCUCGGGCGUCAAAGAGGUCAUUGAGUGCGGGAUGGUGCUCGGUUCUAUCGGCUACCGCUGUCUUCCUGUUCAUGGCGUGCCGUACGACGAACGAAAUUCGAUCAUCGCGAACGAACGGGGGAGAGUGCAGGGGGUACCUGGCAUGUACUGCAGCGGCUGGGCUCGGCGUGGGCCAAGUGGAAUCAUCGGCACCAAUAUAACCGAUGCUAGAUCUGUGGUGGCUGCCAUCGUCGAGGACGUCAGCAGCAAGCAGCUGGCGUUGGGUGAUAAAGCCGAAAGCCGACAGGGUCUCAGAAACAUGUUGAUGGGGGGGCAAGAUGGUGCACCUGGGCUUCGCGGAUCGGGUGGGACCAAGAAAAAGGUCCAGGUAGUGGAUUGGGACGGCUACCAGAGAAUAAAUCGAGAUGAGGUAGCACGAGGAGCGAUGAAGGGCAAGCCGAGAGAAAAGUUCGUGCAUGUUGAAGAAAUGUUGAGCAUCGCCACAGCUGUUGGUGAUGAGGAGUGA